AUGAGCACACACCACACUCCGAGGUCGAAAUAUACCACCUCGACUCCCAACUCUUCACAGUCUUCUCACCAUCGCCAUCACAAAAAUCACAGCUCCGAUAGCAAACGCUUCGUCAACCGCACACCAUCCACCCAGCGUCAGUAUAACUCACAGAGCGACUCGAGCUCCAGGUCAACCUCGAAUAUCAGCUCCCGCGUCGAAUAUCACUACUCCAUCAGCGCAACCAUGGCUUCGACCUCACAAAAUGCCGCCUCGUCGGCCAACUCAUCAACCGUCUCGAUGCAUCACUACUACUACUACCAAACCCCAUCGCAUCAGAUGCCAGAGCCAGAGGCAUGGCUCAUGGCGACGCCGAUCGACGACGAUGACCUGACCUUUGGAGGCAAGCCGCUGAGUGCAUGGUACGAGGAGGACAGGAGGAGAUUCAGCUUGGGUGAGGACAGCUCUAGGACGCUCGAGAGCGACGAGGACGAGGAGGAAGAGAGGGGACGCCAAAGGGUUCGCGCACACUACGACGCGCCGUCGCCAUCUCAUCGCCAACACCACAAGGCGCAGCACAGCGGCAAGAGCCAAGACAAGCACUAG